UACAGCGGCAGGAAGAGAAGCAGGAGAGAGGCAGGAAUAAAUGUAUCAUGUAUUUUUGUCAGCAGACACCUCGGUAAAGUUACGAGUUUGUGGAUAAGACGAAUUAAAAAAGGACGCAGAACACGUCGCAUCCAGAUUUUGUUAGCAGAGUUUAAAAGCAGAGCAGCCACCCCGGACUGUCCACGCCACCAUUCAUGCCCGGCAGAGCAUAGAGACGAGGAGAGAAUGAAGAUCUGCUCACCGGUGUGAGUCCCUGGGAUGCUCGGCCGACCUGUACCUCAUGCUUUUCUAAGGCCUCCAGAAGCUAAAGACAGGGUGUCAUUGACAGAGCAAGUGACCCCUCUGAGCUGCCACCAUGGCCCUGGUUCAGGCUCUGCCCGUAUCUGUUGAGCCCCACAACCCAGGCCUCAGUGGAGGAGCCCGCAGGAGACACCCCUCCGGCUCUUCACCCCCCAUUAACGCACCGCCCUCCACUCUGGAUUCUAUGGGUUCUGUGAGCAGCCUCAUCGCCACCCGCCCCGGCCCCCACCAGGACCACCGUUCGGCUGCUGAGCUGGGAGCCAGGGUCCGACGGCCCACGCCUGGUGCCUCCUGCCUGGGCUCCGAGUCGCCCCAGGACCCCUUACUGCAGAGCAUCCCCCCACUCAAGAAGCAGAGCUCCACGACGUCCAGCAGGGGGCUGGAGAAGGAGAGUGGGAACGGGAACUACACCUAUCUGAAUGAGGACUAUGUAGGUGACUGGAAUGACAACCACGUAACACCUGUCAGUCCAGGAAGUGACGCAGACGAGCUUAAAGAAGGAUCAGGCUUGAACGGGAAUAUGGGGGGACCGCCUCCAAAACUGAUCCCUGUGUCAGGAAAACUUGAGAGGAACAUGGAGAAAUCAGUGCUGCGGCCCACUGCCUUCAAACCCGUCGUUCCCAAGAGCCGUACCUCCAUGCAGUACCUCUCCCCUCGCCACUGUGCCAACGUGUCAGAAAGCCAAAACAACCUGAACCUGCUCAGCCCCUCCCACAGAGAGGUGUCGCCCUCCUGCGCUGAGAAAUGCAGCUUGUACAGCAGGACCCGUAACAGCGGCGGCGGCAGCAGCCAGUCCUGUCAGCUGUCCGACUCUGGGCGCAACUCCCUCUCCAGCCUCCCACCGUACAGCAGCGCCGGCUACAGCCAGGCGUCAGGCGAGGCCUCCGCUGGCCACCUGGAGCCCAUGAAGAGUGCGCCGCCACUCAGCGGACACGGACACUCCAACUCGGAUAGCGGGCGCUCAUCGUCCAGCAAGAGCACAGGCUCCGGCUCGAUAAGCGGCCGAGGACAGCCUCUGUCUGAUAACGGGUCCAGCGGACGCUCUCCUGGCCCGGUGGAGGGCUACGAGGGGGUGGUGAGGGACCUGGAGGAUAAGCUGAGGGAGCGAGAGCUGGAGCUGCAGCAACUCCGAGACAACCUGGAUGAGAAUGAAGCUGCGAUUUGCCAGGUGUAUGAGGAGAAGCAGAAGCGCUUUGAGCUGGAGCUGGAGGAGCUGAGACAGGGCUGUGCCACAAGGAUGCAGGUGGCCUCGCAGAAGGCCCAGCGAGCACAGCAGGUGCUUCAGUUGCAGGUGUAUCAGCUCCAGCAGGAGAAGAAGAAGCUGCAGGAGGACUUCGCUCAGCUCCUGAAGGAGAGGGAGCAGCUGGAGGAGCGCUGCACCUCCUAUGAGCAUGAGAAGAUCCAGCUGGGGCCACGACUGGAGGAGAGCAAGUGGGAGGUGUGUCAGAAGUCGGGGGAAAUCUCGUUACUGAAGCAGCAGCUGAAGGAGGUGCAGGGAGAGUUAGCCCAGCGGGUGGGAGAGAUCGUUUCACUGCGGGGUCAACUCAGAGAGACUCGUGGCGAGCUGACAAACACCCAGGUCCUGCUGCAGGAGGCCCACGGCACAACCCGCACACGGACCCUGGAGCUGGAGGUCUGUGAGAACGAGCUCCAGCGCCGCAAGAGCGAAGCGGAGCUGCUCCGAGAAAAGGUGGGACGCCUCGAGGCAGAGUUGGCUCAGCUCAGAGAUGCUCUGGCCAAUCAGGGCCCAGGAAACAGACAGUGUCAGGUGUUCCAGGAAGCAGAGGAGCACCUGCUUGCUUAUGAGAGCGAUGAGGCGAAGGCCCAGAGGCAGGGCAGCACGGAGGCCCUGCAGAACAUGAAGGUGCAGAUGGACAGGAUGAGGGCGGAGCUGGCCUUCGAGCGCCAGCGGGCCGAGCAGCAAACGGGGUGCUUCGAGGAGGAGCGCAGGAUAUGGCAGGAGGAGAAGGACAAAGUUAUCCGCUACCAGAAACAGCUGCAGCAGAACUAUGUGCAGAUGUAUCGCAGGAACCGAGAGCUGGAGCAGCUCCUGCAGGAGCUCAGUCAGGAACUGGAGAGCAGAGAGGAGGACGAGGGCAGCGGUAACGAGAUCAACUUCGAUGAGAUCGCCGCCACGGAAAUUUGACCCUCGUGUCUCUCCAUCUUUUGAUUUGCACUACUGUCAGCUAAAGGGUUUUUUUCUCAUCUGAUCUCAUCUGUGCUGUCUUGAUGGAAGCACAUUCUCUCUAAGAUUACAGAUUGGCAUCACAAAUGUAAAAAAAACAAACAUCUGCAGUGUAAAAUCAGCCACACUUUACUCCAGCCUCAUUGGUCCGUUCUCCCAGGACUCCCACUUGAAAGCCAAUGACCUCAAUUAGUCGUUAGUAGGCCACCUCAGUCCUCUGCCCCUCCAUUAAUGUCUGCGUUAGUGUUUGCAGUAACUAACUAGACAUCCCUGGUCCUCUCUCCUAGUUUUAGGCAUUUGUGGGAGAGUUUGUUGUGUAUGAGUAACUUCUCCCAACCUUUAACUGUCCUCCUGUGCUGGUGAUGACUCUACCUUCCCCACCGGUUUCAGCACUACACGCCCACUCUGUGUUCGCAAGUCAGCUCUCAUUAGCGCAGUUAAUUUGGUUGGAGCCCACGCUGCUGUCAGCUGACAGUACACGUGGGAUACCACACAUUCAGCAUGUCAUGAUAAGAGUGAGUGAAUCAGAGGCGCUAACGACGGUGGCUGCACUCUGGGUGAUGUGGAGAGAACUGUGUUGUCUUUUCUCAGAACCACUCGAGGCUUUAAGGAAAUUACAUCAUGAGCAACAAGCAAACAGUAGAUGUUUCCAAAAUAUGUCUCCUUCUUCAAACAACAACAACAAAGAAUCUAAUUUUCCAACCACAUAUGGCACAAAGGAGUUGUUUUUAUAACUGUGAGCAGACAAUUUGUGGACUCCAAUAAUAAGUCCAGCUUGAGGGAAGCAAAGCCUCUCAUAUCCUGGACACUUUAACCUAAAUGGUGGAAAUAUCAUGAACAUCUGUACAGUCUAAUGUCAUUAAACACAGUAACAUCUGGAACAAACACCUUACAUCCAGUGCAUGUGUCAGCUUUUCUCUGACAUCUGAAGAGCACUUUUCCUGUAGUGUAAGAGCGGGAGAGAUGUUCCAUCAGUAUGUACAGUAAUAAUGUACUGCAGUGUUGAUGUACUGUAUAUCAUGCUAUUGUAAAUGUCCAACCUUUUUCACAGCAGAUGUUUUGGAAAGUCAUAGCAGAAAAAAAACAGUGUAACAACCUCAUUCCAUCACCAGGAAAGACCCAGUCCCAGCAUCCUGGUAUUGUGCAUAUUGGCUGUCAUGGUCUUACUGGGACACUUAAUGAACUGAGGUGUCAUUAACGGAACUGGUUUCACACGUCUGCUGUGGAGAAGGUCUACACCGUGGCUGUCAAAAACCCGAGCCGCACGAAACCGAAGCAACUACAUGGAAUUCAGCCAUCUUUUAUUCUUACACUAGGGCUGAAAAUAUUAAUAUCGCAGGAGCUGUAUCUGUUUUAAUAAAGGUCAAAUGUAACAGACACUUUAAAGGUGUGAUGAACAGUGUUAAGAGUCCUCCAGAGCAAAGAAUCAGUGUUUUAUAUACUGAUUAACAUAAAGAAAUUCUGCUCAUUGAUUCACACUCACUUCCUGCACCCAGAUGGCAAAAACUAAACCUGUGACAGCUGCCAGAUUUCACUUGUCUCAUGACAGCCAGCACAUCCUUACAUCACCCAUUCCCACUGUUUGAAUUCAUUCAUAGUAAUACAUAACACCUAAUGAGCUGUGAGCCACUACUGGAUUAAGAGUGUCACAGCACUAAAGCACACCCACGACGGCUCUUCUGAUAAGAGGUGAUCAAACUUUGAUUACUAGAGUUUUUUUACAUCACUGAAGGGGAAUCAUGCACUGAAUGAAGGUGUUUUGGUGGAAACUCCUGACCAUGGCGUAACUGUUUUUCCACCAUCCUUUCCAGUAUAGCACCUGUUUCAUGUGUAUCUACUUCCUGUACAAGAGAACAAGACAUGUUUUGUUCCUCUUCUACUGCUGAUUGAAUUCUCAUCCUCUGUAAAUAAUCCUGACCAAUCAUUGAGUUUUCUUCCAGAGAUGCCUGUCCAUCUCAGAAAAUAAAAACAUAGCCACUGUGAAUAGACCAAAGCAAUGUCGCACAUUAUAUUUUGUUCCCACAGAUACGAUGCCUGUAUAUUAAUGUUUGUGUGGAUGUUUGUUCUGGUUCCUCAGUGUAAUUUUAUAAUCUGCAAUAUUUGUAUGAAGACAUUAAAUGUAUAUUUUCAUGCUGUACAUUUCUUGAACAAACCUACUACGUUUUUAAUUAAAAAAGACAAAAUUUAAUAGCUGUGUGUGGUACAUGGAGAUUUGUUCAACUUCAUACAACUGUUUCAUUGCAUCAGAUGGAUUUUCUCACCUUAAUUGUAUUAUUGCACCAAAUUAUAUAAACUUCAGUGUGACAUCAUGUCAGAGUUUUGCAUAAAUAAAGAGUUUAAGUUCAUUUUUUGUCGGUAUUGACCAGGAAGUGGAACAAUCGUUUUAACUGGG